AUGGACCAGCUAAAGCCAGGUGCCCAGAGGAGGAGGCUGGGGGCCUGCUGCUGGAAGGUAACCGCUGCUGCUGCCGUGGCUGGCAGCACAACAGCCCUCUGCCUGGGGAUCCUGCUGGCCUGCCAUUCCUCAGGAGAGACCAGCUUUGAGCACACAGUGGAGCUGCAAGGAAUCACAUUCAACAGCAGCUUACAGACAGAGAACUCGGACUACUACAGGGUGCUGACACCUGCUCUUGAGAGGCUGUUUCUGUCCAGUCUCCAGGACUCCCAGCUGAACUGGAGUUGCACUGGUUGCACCAUCCUGGGCUACAGGAAUGGAAACUCCAGUGUGAUCGUCCAUUUCCGCCUCCUCUUCACCCCCCAGGAUUCCCAGCCCCUGAGCUCCACCUUGGAGGAGGAGGCUUUCAGGCAUGGGCUGGCAGCUGCCCUGCAAAGGCAGGGUUUUUCCCUGGCUGCCUAUGGGACCAUCUCCUCAGCUUCUCUCACAGGUCCCAACAAGGUUUCUUCCCACAGACCUGGACUGAAAUCAGACUGUGGGAGUCGCCCUGCCAUGCAGACUGCCAGCAGGAUAGUUGGAGGCUCAGAGGCAUCCAGAGGGGAGUUCCCAUGGCAAGUCAGCCUUCGAGAGAACAAUGAGCACUUCUGUGGUGCUGCAAUCCUCACAGAGAAGUGGCUGGUGUCUGCUGCUCACUGCUUUACUGAGUUUCAGGACCCAGCCAUGUGGGCAGCUUACAUAGGGACCACCUCCCUCAGAGGCUCUGAUGGCAGUGCAGUGAAAAUGGACAUUUCCCAGAUCAUCCCACACCCCUCUUACAACGCUGACACAGCUGACUAUGACGUGGCCGUGCUGGAGCUGAAGAGACCUGUGACCUUCACUAAGUACAUCCAGCCCGUGUGCCUGCCAGAUGCUGGCCAUCACUUCCCCACCAGCAAGAAGUGCCUUAUUUCUGGCUGGGGCUACCUCAAGGAGGAUUUCUUGGUGAAACCUGAGUUCCUGCAGAAGGCAACAGUGGAGCUCCUAGAUCAGAACCUGUGUUCCAGUCUCUACAGCCAUGUCCUCACAGACAGGAUGAUGUGUGCUGGCUACCUGGAGGGGAAGGUUGACUCCUGCCAGGGUGAUUCUGGUGGGCCUCUGGUUUGCCAAGAACCAUCUGGCAGGUUUUUUCUGGCGGGAAUUGUGAGUUGGGGUAUUGGAUGUGCUGAAGCCAGGCGGCCUGGCGUUUACACACGUGUUACCAAACUCAGAGACUGGAUCUUGGAUGCUAUUUCUGCCUUCCCUACCUCCAUAGCCCAUACUGUUCCUCCAGUGCACUUCAGGACUAACAGUAACAUGGUCAGUGCUGAAGAGGUCAACACCACCACCAGAGCAACCCCAACCACCUCACUAGCCCCAGCUGCCAGCAGGCCAGUGACUGCAGCAGGACCACAAGAGUGUGGAGGGCGACCCGGGUUCUCUAAACCCAGCAAGAUUGUGGGAGGAACAGAUGCUUCCAGAGGAGAGAUCCCUUGGCAAGUCAGCCUGAAGGAAGACUCCAGACAUUUCUGUGGAGCCACCAUCAUUGGGGACCGCUGGCUGCUGUCAGCAGCUCACUGCUUCAAUGAGACAAUGCCAGAAGAGAUUGAAGCCCAUGUGGGAACAACAUCAAUAAAUGGAACAGAUGAGAAUGCAGUGAAAGUCAAUGUAACAAGAGUGAUCCCACAUCCCCUCUUCAACCCCAUGAUUCUGGACUUUGAUGUGGCUGUACUUGAACUGGCAAGACCUCUUGUCUUCAACAAAUACAUACAGCCUGUGUGCCUCCCAGUUGCCAUGCAGAAGUUUCCUGUUGGCAAGAAGUGCCUCAUUUCUGGAUGGGGUGACCUCCAGGAAGGGAAUGACACCAAGCCCGAGAUCCUGCAGAAAGCAUCUGUGGGCAUCAUAGAACAGAACACCUGCAACUUCCUCUACAACUUCUCCCUCACUGAUCGAAUGAUCUGUGCUGGCUUCAUGGAGGGGAUGGUGGACUCAUGCCAGGGAGAUUCAGGUGGGCCCUUGGCCUGUGAGGUGACCCCAGGAGUGUUUUACCUUGCUGGCAUCGUGAGCUGGGGAUUUGGUUGUGCCCAGGCUAUGAGACCUGGUGUGUACUCCAGAAUUACCAAACUCACAGACUGGAUCCUGGACACCAUCUCCCAGUUGCCCAGUGGUGGCACAAGCAUCCCUUCCAGUUCAGCCAUUCCUAGAACUUCUACCACAGCCAUUUUUAUCCAGCCCAGCACAAUGGCUGCAGGUCCAGCCAGCAGAACCACCCUGGGGACAAAGAGGAGUACAACCAUGAGUGAAACCUCCACAGCUCUGAGAACGACUGAGACUGCCAAGCCUACCCAAACCCCAGUGGUGCCUUGUACCAGCCUCACUUUCAAGUGUUCCAGCAAGGUGUGUAUUGGAAAAGAAAAUCCUGAAUGUGAUGGUGUUGUGGACUGCAGCAACGGCUUCGACGAGCACAACUGUGAUUGUGGCUCAACAACGGCUCUGGCCUUUAGCAAGAUCGUGGGUGGCAGCAGCGCGGCUCGAGGAGAAUGGCCCUGGCAAGUCAGUCUCUGGCUUCGACGGAAGGAGCACAAGUGUGGGGCUGUCCUUAUUGCUGACAGGUGGCUGCUCUCUGCAGCUCACUGCUUUGACAUGUAACACCUGGCUGGCAUGCUGUACCCCACAGGAAGCACACACCCCCUAUCAGAGAAAUGCCCCUAGAGUUACAGUGACCCCAAAAUGUGGGUGGCCUAUCUAGGAACACCUUUCCUGAGUGGCAUCGAUGGCAAAAUGGAGAAAAUAUUUCGUAUCUACAAACACCCUUUUUACAACGUCUACAGCCUAGACUAUGAUGUGGCACUACUGGAACUGAGCACACCUGUCAUGUUCACCAGCACCAUCAGACCUAUAUGCCUCCCAGACAGUUCUCACAUCUUCCAUGAAGGGGCCAGAUGCUUCAUCACAGGCUGGGGCUCCACAAAGGAAGGAGGCCUCAUGUCAAAGCAUCUGCAAAAAGCAGCAGUGAACAUGAUCGGAGACCAGGCCUGCAAAAAGUUCUACCCUGUCCAGAUCAGCAGCAGGAUGCUGUGUGCUGGUUUCCCACAGGGCACCGUCGACAGCUGCUCAGGUGAUGCAGGUGGGCCCCUGGCAUGUAGAGAACCUUCAGGGAAGUGGUUUCUAGCAGGAAUCACAAGCUGGGGCUAUGGCUGUGCCAGGCCAUACUUCCCUGGUGUCUACACCAAAGUCACAGCUGUCCAAGGCUGGAUUGUGCAGAACCUCAAGCUCUGA